AUGGCUGCGCCAGGCGGUUUUCUCGACUCCAUUUCCCCAUGGAGCACAAGAAGCAGCACUCCAAAGCCGGGCCAGGGCAAGGAACUGGAACCUUCGAAGUUGAGCAACCAGCAGGGUGCUGAUCAUAGCAUUGGUCAUCGCCAUCGGCUCAGUCUCAGUCAGUAUCCUAAGGAUUGUCCUCAGAGUCAAGUGAGAUGGUUCUACGCAGUGGAUUCCCCAAAGCGGAAACCCCUACCCCUCGAUCAGCCUAAGGAUGCGAAGCCCCUUCUAGCCCCUAAGAAAUACGCAGCCUUUUCUGUCCGCGACUCCCGAUCCGUUGAGACGGCAUUUCAGAAGAUGGCUGAAGAUGAACAUGACAAGCGUCGAGAACAUUCACCUACAGGUGACAUUGGAGAUGUAGGCAGUCGACAGGAGCAAAUCAUCUAUACCACAGAUGGAGAUGGAGGCGAUCAGGGAGACGCAAGUACUCGCAAAACACACGGAUCGCGUGGGAAUACUAGCAUCAAUGAGGCUACGAGUUCCGAAAAAGGAGGAAUAGUCAAAGUCCCUGUCAACGAAGACUUCUUGUUCGAUGUUGACAUCGAGGCAAGAGAGCUUGCUCCAACGUAUUGGCUAGGCCCAAUCUACGACGUGCGCCGUGGAAGCUGGUUUUACCAAGAAGGCUCCUCCCUUCGACCCUGUGAUGAGAACCUUGCAAUCCAACUAGAAGAAGGAUAUCUUAAGGUAAAACCAUGGCGGAACGAAAUGCUUCAACCUGCCUCCCAACCAAAGUCAAGACCUGUCUCAAUGAACGCUGCGGAUAUUCAGAAGUCUGCUGGUGCAACCGAGAAACCGAGUGGAGAGCCCUCGAUACCAGCAAAGUUCGAACUGCAGACGCAGCGACUAUUCGGAGCCUAUAUGAAUUCCGUGGUGACAUAUCAAGAUGCCACAACUGCUUGGCUACUCACUGAUGAUUUCCUCUCGCGGAUGAGUAGUACUGUAUAUCAGAGAUUCGCUGGUGGCGGCCAUCUCGGAGGUGUCAAGGUUCUACGAGGCUACUCGGAAGCAAACAAGGCCAAGGAGGCUAAGAAGGAUGGCGAUAGCCCUAACACCAAGAAGGCUGAGGCUGCGACGGAGAAUUCAAAAAGGGGACCUGCAACUCCUAAGGUUGACAGAGAAACUUCCGAUGAUGAGCAGGUGAAGCGCUCGGCGUCUGCAGCGCAACAAGAGCCGCGCCUAGUAACUUUGGAGAGGCAAUUGUCUUCGUUUUCCGACGAUCCCGCAAAACAGGAGGAAGAACGACGACAAGCGGAUGAAGAUGAGAUCAAAGAAGAUUACAAGGAUGCCGACAGCCAGGACCAGGGUCGAGAGAUUGAGCAUCUGAUUCUUGUCACGCAUGGCAUUGGACAGAGGCUUGGACUACGUAUGGAAAGCAUCAAUUUCAUUCAUGAUGUCAAUGUCCUGCGCAAGACUCUCAAAAGUGUCUACGAAACAUCGCCCGACCUCCAAGCACUGAACGCCGAAGUCGAAAAAUUACCAAAGAAUUGCCGGGUGCAAGUGCUGCCGGUCGUAUGGCGGCAUCUUCUCGACUUCCCGAAACAAAGCUUCAGACAGAAUGAAAGGGAGCAAGAUCUCACUGACAAUGAUGCUUUCGGCGAGGAUGACGAGUACCCUAGCCUGGAGAACAUCACAGUCGAAGGCGUUCCUGCGAUUCGCAACUUGAUCACCGACCUCGCUCUCGACAUUCUUCUAUACCAAAGUGCCUACCGAGAGCACAUCGCCGGCAUCGUGCAAAGAGAGUGCAACCGUGUCUACGAGCUCUUCAUACAGAGAAAUCCCUCCUUCAACGGCAAAGUCAGCAUGAUCGGCCACUCUCUAGGUUCAGCAAUCCUCUUCGACAUUCUGUGUCAUCAAAAAGACGUCAGUUUAGCCCCACAAGGCCUCUACAGGCACAGACAGCCUGGUUCAAGAAGUAGCACUGUGGCCAAGAACCUGGAAACAUCGGACCUUGGCCUAAAAUUCGAAGUUGAGGACUUCUUUUGCCUGGGCUCUCCACUUGGACUCUACCAAAUGCUCAAAGGCCGCAAGAUUGCAGCUCGUCGGACAACUAGUGGCAUAGGUGCGCAAAGCCCACUGAAUCCGGAUUCUCUCGAUGAUCCUUUCCUUGGUGCUGCGUCUACGCAAACAAGCAAUGCGACUAGCGAAAGAGAGGGGGACAUUCUGUCCAUCACAGUGUCAAGUCCAAAGUGCCAGCAGAUCUACAACAUUUUCCACCCGGCAGACCCAAUCGCGUAUAGGAUAGAACCAUUAAUCUCACGAGCUAUGUCAUCUAUGAAGCCACAGGUCCUGCCCUACACCAAGAAAGGCAUAUUUGGUGUUCAAGGCCAAGGUCUGACUAACAUUGGGGCGCGAGUUGGCCAGAGCGUGUCCGGCCUAUGGUCAAACUUUACAUCUGGGAUGGCAAGCAGCUUGUUAAAUCGCAGCCUCGGCCUGACAGGCGAGGGCCAAUUAUCUUCUUCAACAGCGAUGCAUGCUCCCCAGAUUCAACGCAAAGAAAGCCCAUCGGCCGGCGCCGGUACAAACGUUACCACAGGUGGCGUGGUCUCCGAGCAAGAAGAGAACUCAGAACAUCCCCCAACACUCAUCGAUUCUGAGAUAGAGACGCUGUACGCCGGCUUUGAAAAGCGAAGAAAAAGCCAUCAAAGCGAUGAGACUCGAGACUUGGGCGAGAGUGCUGCAUGGAUGGAGGCUGAAGAGAGAUCGAAGCGUCUGAAGCGGGAAGAGGCCAAAGUGAGGGCGCUGAACAGCAAUGGUCGUGUCGACUUCAGCGUACAGGAGGGCCUCCUCGAUAUCUCCCUUUGGGCGAGCAUUGCCAGCCAUCUGUCGUACUGGGCGGACGAAGAUGUCAGCCACUUCAUGAUAUCGCAACUUCUGUCCCGGCAACGAGUCAUCAAACGAUGA